AUGAAGGCCCUCCGUGGCCACUUCCUGAGAAGACCUAACAGAGCGACUUUUUUCCGCCGUGGUAGCCCCCAGGAUGGACUCUUGGCGCCUCCUUUUUCUUCCAGCAGGUUCAAAAUCAAUGAGACCCAGGGCAUCACAGAUCCACAACAUGAUCUUGAAGCACUCAAUCGGUUUACCUCAGGUCGUUGGCUGUGGAACGAGCGACAGCAACUUGCCUGUCGCUAUGUUAAAUUCGACCUUUCAACGCUUCUGCAACUAGCGGCCUCUGCAAUCGGAUCGAGAUCAUGCACCCAAGUGUUAAUGAUCUCGGAGGGCCAAUAUAACAAAGUCUUCUCGCUGACCAUGGACGAUGGACGCGUGGUUAUUGCGAAACUUCCAAAUCCCAAUGCAGGCAGACCACAUUUCACGACAGCUAGUGAGGUUGCAACCAUGGACUUUUUGAGAAAUGUUCUAAACCUUCCUGUUCCGAGAGUGUACGCAUGGAGUUCUCGAGCAUCAGAGAACCCCCUCGGAGCAGAGUAUAUCCUCAUGGAGAAACAGGCCGGCGUGGCACUAACCGAUGUAUGGGACAUCAUCAAGGGAAAGCAGAAAGUCCAAAUUCUGGACCAAGUUGUUGAUAUUGAAAGGCGCCUGGCAGCUACAAAAUUCUCCAAGUUUGGGUCCUUGUACUAUAAAGAUGACCUUCCCGACAACUCAGAUUCUCCGUCUCCCCUUUAUUUUGAUUCAGCAGGGAACGAAGUGCGAAGCAAAAUGUUUGGCAUGGGGCCGAUUAACCACCGUUCUUUCUUUGACUUCGGGAGAGGCACGUUGAAUAUCGACCGUGGUCCAUGGUCAACUGUUACACAAGUGAUGACGGCUAUUGCGCAGAGGGAAAUUGCAACUGCAAAGGCAGGCCUCCGGUAUCCCUUGAUGCCCGAAGGUCUCUACUAUGGACCCCGGCAAUACCAGCCUAGCCUCUCCAAAAAGCUCUCCGCGUUGGAAAACUAUCUUAAGAAUAUAUUUGUCGACCCUGUUGACCCAAGCCGGAUUGUGGGAAUGAUUGACUGGCAGUCUGUCAGUGCAUGUCCGCUUUUUAUGCAGGUUGGGCGCCCGGCGUUUCUCCACUACAACGGCCCGGUUCCUGAAGAUUUAGGGAAGGUCCCGUUACCACCAAAUUUUGACUCCAUGGGUCCAGAUGAACAGCGGAAGGCAAAGGCACUCCAUAGAGCACAGACUCUGCACAAUCUCUACGUGGUUCGGUGUCUUCAGGUCAACGAAACGAUCUUCCAAGCCAUACAGAAGCAGAAUACUCUCCGGCACCAGGUGAGUGUGGUUCCGGGGUUAGUUUUGAUGGACUACGAGCCGCUCCUCAACAGCUUGUUGAGAGAUGUCGAGAAGGAAUGGCCAAGCAUUCAGCAGGAUCAAGAUGGCGAGCUAUGGGCCCAAGGUGUUGAACUAAUGGAUGCAUUUGUUGGCGACACUGGCUGUUUUAAACAUUGGGAUGGUAGGGUUAGCGACGUCGAUUACGAGAAAUCGAGGACAGAGCUAGACGAGGGAGUGAAAAGGUUCCUAGACCGCGAGGCCAGGGAUGAUGAAGAAUGUAGGGAGUGGCUCAAAGCCCUACCAUUCGUGGAUUAA